CAGCUGAUUGGUUAUCCUUUCUUCUUCUGAUUCAUACAACACGAAGACCAACACUUGUGAAAAAUGAAUCCUACAUCCGUGGAUACGAUUGAUGCAGAUGCACGAAGUUUCCGUGUUAGAACACUUCGAAUAUUAGGUGGUACACAGAUAGCACUUGGAAUUGUAUGUGCUAUCUUGAGUUUAGUAGGCGUGGCUUUUGAUGGAGUAAGGAUGAACAAAAACUGUCCACAUCACAGCAACUCGUAUUACUAUUACAUGUACAAUUACGGCACCGAUUCUUAUUAUUACUAUACUGACUGUACUUACUACUGGUAUGCUUCCACGUUAUUCGGGUUCAAUAUCACAUGUUUGAUUUUUUCAGGAUGGUGCCUGCUUACUGGAAUAUUUCCUUUCUGCAUGAACAAGAAAAGACGAAAUAGUUGGCGAUGUUUAAAAAUUACGUUCAUGGUGUGCUGUAUCAUAGGAGCAGCGGUAUUUAUGCCAACGAUCUUCAGUCUUGGAGUAAUAGGAGCACUGAUGCGUGCUAAAAAUGAGAGUGGUGGACUUGCAGCUUUACCAUCAUUCUUGGCCGUGGUUGCCGUUUUAGAGAUGGUUGUCGCUAUUAUUGCCUCUGCUUAUUGUUGUUGUUGUACGUCAUGGGGUUCGUCUAAUCAAUUGAGAUACGUUUAUGUAGCCAAUGGUCAAAAUGGGAUGAUACUUAAUAUGCCACUAUCACAGCUGAAUACCGGUCAACUCCAAAGAUUUGCUGUACCAACGCAAUUGACGCAUGUGCCGUCUGGUAUUACUCCACAAUCUCAAAACUUACAGAAUAUGCAGACAUUCCAUGCACAGUUAGGACAUGCAUCGGCCUUAGAAGCAACACCACCUGUGUAUCCUUCGUCUGCAUCUAUGACAACAACUCAACAAGAGAAUCAGGCUCUUGGAAACUGUACAUCGCCUCCGCCAUACAAAGAAUGA